AUGGCGCAGGUCCGAGGCCCCCCCGCCGCCGCCGCCGCCAAUGUAGCGGCCGUGAAAGAAGGGACUGCCGCCUGGGAGGACGCGCUGGAUCUGGAUGACUCCGACAUCCGCUUCGAUCCCCAGCCCCAGCAGGACAAACCCCCGCACCCCUCCCACCACCCCAGCCACCGCAUCCCCGAGCCCGCCGCCGCCGCCGUCCAGGACACGGUCCUCCCCCGCUCCACCACCCGCCCGCCUCUCUCAUCGGUACGCGGGGACGCGCGCGCCACGGACGCCGACUUCCUGCGGCCCCCGUGGCUCUGCGCCCUCAAGUUCCUUGGGAAGGACCGCGCGUGGGAGCGGCCGGGGAUCAGGGCCAUUAUGGACGACGAGGACUUGCUUCGAGCACCUGUGGUGGCUGGGGUGGUGACCUCGUGCAAGCCAAACGGGCUCGGAGAUCUCUUCUUGAUUCUGAAGGAUCCAACCGACUCAAUUGGUGCCUCAGUUCACAAGAAAGUCCUUUUAGAGGAGAAUAAUGGCCAUGAUAUCUCAAUUGGGUGUGCUGUUGUUUUUAGUAAGGUAGCUAUUUUCCGUCCGUCUCGCAAGUUGUGCUACCUCAAUGUUACCAAAGGAAAAGUGAUCAAGGUUUUUAGUAAGGAUUGUGCUGCCCCAGCUAAGCAAGUGAUUUCAUCUAGUACUACUGAAAGAAGUCAAGGUGGAGAUUAUACCAGCAAUAUAAUGAUGAAAAUUUUUGGUCGUGAAGACAUGAUGCCCAGUAACAACGAGAUGACAGUUACUGAGGUUUCUCAUGAACACCAUGCAACACCUGAUUCAAGUAAUAGCGCUUCAACGUGGGAUAUUCAUGGUGGGUUUAGUGUAGGAAGUAACCAGGAGGGUAAAUUGCUGGUAGGAGAUACACACAACAAGCAUACAUCAAGCUCCAGUACUGAUGAGCAUCCCCAGCAAAAUUUGAGCAUUCCAAACACUACAGGUUGCUUCUCAACCCCAAAAGAAAAUGUUAAUACCAGCAGCGGAUCACUUCUCAAACGCAAGAGGGCUGUAUCAGAAUGGACAGAGGAGCAGCUUUCUGAACUGUUUGCUGACUACUAG